GAAGCUUGGAGCCAUACAGUGAACUUAAAGAGGCAUGGGUGCAGAUUAGAGGUGUGCCUCCUAAGUGGUGUGCCUGGCAAGUUUUUGCACAAAUGGUGUCAGGUUUGGGAAUGAUGCUUGAAAUUGAUUGGUCUAGUUUGUUUAAAUCUUUCUAUGAAAUGGCUAGGGUAAAAAUCGCUUGUAGGAAUCCAUGCAAAAUUCCUAAGGAAAGAUUGUAUGAGAUCAACAAGCAGCUCUUCUUAGUAUCCCUCCUUCUGGAGGAUGUGGUUCAAGAGGCUCCUCCCUCUGGUCCAGCUAAUGAUGGCACGGAUCCAGAUGAUGACCUUGAUGAGGAGGAUGACUUGGAACCAAAUGGUGAAGACAACAUGGGGUUGGACUUAGACAGGGCUGGGCGUGAGCCUAGCAGAUCUGCUCCUACACCUACUGGAAAACACAACAGCAAGUCUCCUAUCUAGGGAUCCAGGACUGUGCAUAUGGAGGACUUUCAGAUCAAUCAGGACAGCCAGCUAAAAGACUUCAUGAAUUCUGGAAGUGGUCUACAAGGCCUGAAGUUACCUACAGGAGCCAGUCAAUCUGACCUUCCUACUUCCUUUGACCAACAAUCGAAGUGGAUGGACUUCAUGAAAAUAGCUGAGGGGGAGUUAUCAAUGGCUGAAUGCUCUCAGAUUCUGAGGAACAUGGAGCUGGAGGACUCUGAAAACGAAGAUCUGCUAUCAGAGACAGAAAUAGAGGAGGAGAUGGUCCCUGUUUCAGACCUGAAGUUGAAGAUGGAGGGCAGAAACCUCUUGAAUGACUUUGAUGAUUGCAAAGUUAACGUAGAGACAACAGACCUGCCAAUGAGCGCGGUACGAGAUGGGGUUCUAGCUGCGGAGGAAUUUGGCAAGCCAAAAAGAAAGAAAGAAUGGGGGCCCAUCCAAAGGGAUGCAAGACCAAGAAGUUUUGUGGAUGAUGGGAGAACCAUGAUGCAGAAAGCGGAGGAGCGGAUCAGUAUUAAAAAUCUGGAAGUGGAUGGCAAGUACAAGCCAGGGCGUGAUAUGGUCGGACGUGCGGACAGUGGUGAGGAAGGCAAGCAGGAUGCUGAGGAGAUGGAAAAGCUUAUGCAGGGAGGCCGAGGAACUUCGCUUGGGGGAAAUAGUGGAAGAACUGGACAGAAGGGCAGCGCAACCGCUACGCAUAGGUUGGGAUUCGCAGGCUGUUCCAGAAGCUCAGACCUUGGCAGAGUUGGGAGCGGGCGUUUCGUCAGGUUUUGGCAUGAGCAUGGGGACUGAAGCUGCCGCUCAGGAUAUGUCUUUCUCUUUUGUCUUAGAUGACACUCAUAGCGAGCGCGCUUAGAAUACGUACAUUGCUUAUUAUGCUGUAAAAGACUGGAGAUGUUUUCUUUCCUGGAAAUGAAAACAGGGGACCCCCCUUUCCUCUAAAAAAAAGGA